AUGGUAGACAUUCCAAAGUCUAUUUCCCAGUCUACUUCCCAGUCUGCUUCCCAGCCUACUUUCCAGCCUACUUCCACUAUCGACUCUCAAACGUCCUCACAAUCUAUACAAGAGAAAAAACACAAAAAGAAAAGGAUCCAACUUCUUUCUAAGGAUGUUGAUUCAGCUAGGGAGCGCUUGCUCGCUUUACCACAAGUAGAAGAACAUGGAGAAUACACGGGAUCAAGCGAAAUCAUUUUAAAAGAAAAUGUUUCUCUCGAAGAAUAUCUUGAUUAUCGUGACAAGAACCCAAAUCUUUCAGUUCGCGUAUAUUUACAUGAUGGAAGAAUCAAGGCAUAUGAAGUUCCUUUAACCCCCCAUGCAAUGGUAUCAGCAGUCAUUAAGAUAUUGAUGGGCAGAUGGAAUUAUCAUGACUUGGAAUAUGGAGAUGGUUCAAAUAUGAUUGUAGGGCAAAAUAGUGCGAAGGAGCCUGACUCUUGGAUCCGACCAGUAAAGCGUCGUCGAAGUAUGCCUUAUAAAGCAAUGGACAGAUUUGGGGGCGCGUAUCCAACGAUGAUAGUCGAAGUUGGUUACACACAGAGCCUUCCUGACUUGCAUCAGAAAGUAGCACUUUAUUUUUCCCAAGCAACAUCAAUUCAAAUCGUGUUGACUAUUAAAAUAUUUGAUCUUCGUGCAGAUAAUACUCUUGCACUAAUUGCCAUGUUAUACCUUCGUACAGAUCAAAAUCCUCUGAUCCCGGUCAAAGUUAUAUCUUUUGGGAAGGCAGAUCCUGUGCAAUCAACCGUGAACUAUAUCAUUAAUACUAUGAAUGUGCCUCCUAAUAAUUUUAUUGGUGUUGGACGCACCGUAAAUGAUGUUAAUUGUCUUCCUUGUGAUAGGGCUGGUAUUCCAAUAUACCAAAUGAACAUUCCUGCAGCAGAGCUUUUCGAUGGAGACCCUAAUGGCGUUCCCAUGGCUGCGGCUGGAGGAUUUAAUCUUGAUCUCUGGGAAGUUCAAGUUAAAUCACUAAAGGGAUUCAAUUUUGUUGUUUGA